GGGAUUGGUUGUAGCGUUAGACCUUCCUGGUGGCGCGUGCGUAGUGAGAAGCCAGUGUUGUUGAGGAGAGCUGGCGGAGUGAUGGCGCAGAAUGGGCCGGUUGGGCCUGACAGUACCGGGGAUGGGAAGGAGCAUCAUCCUUCUCGGCGGGAGAGCAGCGCCUCCGAUGGUCCUUUUGCUUCGGCUGGGGCUCCCCGGGAGAGGCUUAGUUCGAGUUCUCGGCCUAGGCAGCGCCUGGAAUCCAUGGGGAGGAACAGACCGCCCUUUCCUUGGUUUGGCUUGGAUAUUGGUGGGACACUGGUGAAACUUGUCUAUUUUGAACCCAGAGAUAUCACUGCUGAAGAGGAACAAGAGGAAGUGGAAAACCUAAAGAGCAUCCGGAAAUAUUUGACUUCCAAUGUGGCCUAUGGGCAAACUGGCAUCCGGGACGUCCACUUGGAGCUGAAGGACCUCACAAUGCGCGGCCGGAAGGGCAACUUACAUUUUAUUCGCUUCCCAACCCACGACUUGCCCGUCUUUCUCCAGAUGGCUCAGCAAAAACACUUCUCAAGUCUUCACACGUCACUGUGUGCCACAGGGGGUGGAGCUUACAAAUUUGAAGGCGAUUUCAUGACUGUCAGUGGCCUUGAACUUUGGAAAUUGGACGAAAUCGAUUGCCUAAUUAAAGGGGUUCUGUUUAUAGACUCGGUCGGGUUCAACGGGCAGUCGCAGUGCUUUUCCCUGGAAAAUCCCAAAGAUCCUGAAAGGUGCCAGAAAAUUCCAUACAAUCUAGAGAAUCCAUAUCCCCUUCUUCUAGUAAAUAUUGGCUCCGGUGUGAGUAUCCUGGCUGUGUAUUCCAAGGAUAACUACAAGCGGGUCACUGGCACAAGUCUUGGAGGGGGCACAUUUUUCGGUCUCUGUUGUCUACUAACCGGCUGUUCAACGUUUGAAGAAGCUUUGGAAAUGGCAUCAUUAGGAGACAGUACAAAUGUGGAUAAACUUGUACGGGACAUUUACGGUGGAGAUUAUGAGCGGUUUGGUUUGCCAGGAUAUGCAGUAGCUUCAAGUUUUGGAAAUAUGAUGAGCAAAGAAAAAAGGGAUUCAGUUUCCAAAGAAGACUUGGCCAGAGCAACUCUGGUCACAAUAACAAAUAAUAUUGGCUCCAUAGCGAGGAUGUGUGCGGUCAAUGAGAACAUUAACAGAGUGGUAUUUGUGGGCAACUUCCUUCGAAUAAAUACCAUUUCCACUAAACUUUUGGCUUACGCCUUGGAGUACUGGUCAAAAGGACAGCUGAAGGCUUUCUUUCUUGAACACGAGGGCUACUUUGGAGCUGUAGGGGCACUUCUUGAGCUGCUGACAACAAUAACAUGAAAGUCCGGGAGUGACUGCGGAUGGAACAAAAUCAGUUUACAAGCACUACGCUUCUUGGCACCGCAUGCUGGGCAGAGCAAGAGUUGUUUGUAACAUAUGGAAUGGAUCCUAUGUAAAUAUUGAGAUUUACAGUGCAGUUUUAGUUAUGCAACAUGUUAAUUUUAAAUAAUACACAUAAUUCAUAUAGGGUCACAAUUUUUAAUGCCUCCAGCAUUAAGCAAAGCUGGCCUUACAUCCAAAGAGCUGCUCAUUUGAUAGGCCAUCACAGUGGCCAAUGUGCUUCUGCCUUGGAUCUUCCAACUCCGCCUGUUUAUGGCCAUCGUAACAUAUUGGCGGCUUUGUGAUUUCAUGUUUUUUUCUUUACUGUUACAGAAUCCAGUAAUAUUAGGGUAUUCGUUAUCUGCUCACUCCUUUGAGCAAGAUGUCAUUUGUCUUUUCUCACAGUUUAAUAAAGGAGAACUAUCGUAAAAAUGAAAACGUAAUAUAAGCUUCCUCAUGCUGAAGUAAGAAACUUUUCUAAAUACAAUCAAUUAAAAAAUCUGAAA